UGCAGGUCCGUGAAUGCGAUUCAUGGAUGCGAUAUGUUGGUGCGAUUGACAGCCAUGAGCACUCUUACCCCAUGCCAUGCGAUACCAUUCAGCGCAUGCAGAGACACAUAUAUACUGUUCAGCAAGGUUCUUCUCUUCACACAUAGGGGGAUCCCUCUCCGCUUCUCGACUGCAUGAACACGUGUGUGUCUCUGGGUGGGUCGGUGAGUAAAUGGCACACCUGAACUGGCGUUCGUUGAGCGCCUUCUUCAUCUUGAUGCUGCGCAGCAUCGACUGCACACACAAUGGCGAGCAGAAGACUCGUUGGGGUGCCUGUUUGCCGGCCGCUGUGCUGUGCCUGCCUCAUUCGCCUACCUCGGCAAUGCAAGUGUUAAUGACGCCGUGCUCGUCGACGUUGAUCCGCCCGGCGCCACCAGAAAACUGCAUCCAUCCAUCCAUCCAGACGCACACAUGUUUGUGUGUGGUGUGACGGCCUGCCUGAGUCACAUACUAUGAUGGGUAUCUCGGCCUUGAGUCGGUCCAGGUUGGCAUUGCAGUAGCGCAGCAGCUGCCUGUCGUCGCGAACUGUCGCAGUAGUGGCAUCCACAGAACCACACAGGAGGCGUGAGACAUGACGUGGCGCUCUGUGUGUGUGUGUGUGUGUAUACUUGUGAAAGUGCGAUCCUGUGCCUCCCGCUCCUGGCGUCUCCUCAUGAAGCUGUUCUCCCUCAGAGUCUGCAGCAUCCGCGGCGUCUCGCGCUCGACCAUAGCACGCUGCACGUGCACAGCCAUGACAUACGCAGCUCUGGUGUGUGUGUCGAAGGGCUGGCUGUCCGUGCGGACAAACCUGGACCAGCAUUCUGACGUAUCUGUAGAGGGGCACCAGCUCAUUCUCAUUCACUCCAUUCUCCUCCACAAACUCGACCACCCUCUGACACACGGACACACUCACACACAUGUACAAGCACCCGUCAUCCCCAAUCUCUCUCCCUCUCGCUCACUCACGCGUUUGCAUUUGGUGCCGCUGGUCUCGUGCGGCUGGAUGGUCAGCACAGCCGUGCGGUACUGCUGGUCGCUGCCCAGGCCCACCUCCAGCUGCACAAGGUUCGGCCCAGCCCUGGGGUCGUUGGCCGGCAGGUAUUGGAGGCUGGUGAUCGGCUGCAGCACCACCCGCUCGGCUGCCUUGUCCAGCGACACAGGAUGGUAGUGCCCAGAUGCUGUGGGGGAGGCCACACUCUCCAGCAACGAACGAAGCGCACUCUCCCUAAUAAACAGAUAGAACCAGACAGACAGAGGAGACAGGCCGCUUCUCCCUCUCUGUGUGUGUAUGUGUACCAGUUGUCUCGCUCUCUUUCGUCUCUGAACUCCAGCAGGGUGAGUGCCGGUCUGCCGUGGCCACUCCCGGGAGAUCCACCGCCGGCCAUAGGCGAGGAAGGGUCCGGAAAGGCCGAGGGCGGGUGGCCUAUGACCAGCACCGGCAGGCCGGCCUCCUCGGCAUGCAAAUCCGUGUAGAGCUGCGCCUGCAGACGACUGAUCUUGCUGAUGACGACUGCACCACGCAUACAUACAAACAGAAAAACCAUGGCACACAACCAGAAUGACACUGCACGUGUGUUUGCGUGUGUUACUUUUGAUGGGGUCGCCUCGCUUCUCGCUCGCAAUGGUGAGGACCUGCAUCUUGUUGUCAACACUUACAAUCGCACGCUGCAACGGGGAAACGGGGACAGCACAGCGGCAGCCACGCAGAACGAGUCGGACCACGAUUCACCCCUGCCGGCUUCCUUACCUCUUUGGUGAGGUGUCUGGUGGAGCGGAAGUAGCAGCCCGUGGGUCUGCGGAGGACCUCCAACAUGUGCACACCCGCCGUCGCUUUGAGGACCAAAUGAAUGAGAAGAGUUGACUCUUUCGACGAGGCCGACACGCGGUCAGCCAGGAAAAUGCGGCAGAAAGGAGACGAAAGUGCACAGCAAACGAACUGUAACCGUAGAAUCCUUCAAUUUGUCA